UUUCCCCCAUGAGGACAGUGGAAUAGGCAGCUCAGAGCCUGGGUGGGCUCCAUCCUUGGAAGUUUUCAAGACCCAACUGGACAAAGCAGCCUGGACUUAUCUCAUAGCAGACCCUUCUUUGAGCUCUUGAGGUCCCUUCCAACUUGGAUCCUAGAAUCUCUAUAUUUUUUUCUAGAAAGCUCUAUGCUAGUGUGUUUUUGUAAUCCUUUACUUUGUUUCCACUACUGAUGCAAAGCAGGGAUUCAUUUUUUUAGACUGUAAGUGCAGAAGUAUGAAUGCUUACUCUACUAUGCAUUAAUCUGCAAAACUGCUACCUAUUACCACUUCAGAUUUCUUCACAAGCUAUUCAAAUAACUACACAGCUCUCUUUUAGGGCCGAAUUCCAUGAUGUUCAGAGGAGCUACUCAUGUUGUAAAAGAUGCAUUUACUCUUUUGUUGACAAGAUCUCAGUACUGUAACCCAGGAUUGAAUUUUUCAUCAGCGUGGACUGAAGUAGCAAACAGAAGUUUCCCAAUGCAUUCCACUUACACAACUGAUACAAAGUCAAGAGAGGAAAAUAAAAAAACCAUUGAGAGUCUCUACAGUUUGUCAGUUGACAUUAAGAAAAUCCGCAGACUAAAGGAAUGGGUUCUUCUCCAGGAGGUGGCUUAUGUUAAAGAAAUUGCUGGUAUCUUGCAAGAAAUGGGAGCGGAUGAGACUGCGGUAGCUAACGUUUUAGAACGCUGCCCAGAGGCAAUUCUCCACACCCCUGCGGAGGUAAAUUCUCAAAGAGCUCUAUGGCAAUUAGUAUGCCAGAAUGAAAAGCAGUUGAUUAAAUUAAUAGAGCAAUUCCCAGAGUCUUUUUUCACUAUUGAACAUCAUGAGAACCAGAAGGCAAAUAUACUGUUUUUUCAGGAGUUGGGACUUAAGAAUAAUAUAAUCACCAGGUUCUUGACAAGCGCACCCAAUAUAUUCUACAAUCCUGUUGAGAAAAACAAAACCAUGAUAGAGACAUUACAAAGAAACUAUUUAAGUUUAGGUGGUUCUGAUGCAAAUAUGAAGAUCUGGAUACUGAAGCUGUUGAGCCAAAAUCCAUUUAUUUUAUUAAAUAGUUCCACUGCAAUCCAGGAGAACUUGGAAUUUCUCCAGAAGAAUGGUUUCACUGACCAGGAAGUUCUACACCUGUUGUCUAAACUUAAAGGAUUUAUCUUUCAGCUUACACCUGCUACUAUGCAGAAGAGCAUGCUUUUUUCCAAAAACGUCUUUAAGUGCAACGAUCAAGACCUGAAACAGCUCGUGCUGACAUGCCCAGCCCUUCUCUACUAUUCUGUUCCAGUUUUGGAAGAAAGACUCGAAGGACUACUAAAGGAAGGAAUUUCUGUAGCACAGAUUAGAGAGACACCAAUGGUGCUGGAGUUGACAACACAAAUUAUUCAGUACCGAAUUAAAAAGCUCUCUGCUUUGGGAUAUGACAUAAAGAGCGGGACUCUAGAAAGCCUGAAUGGUACUAAGAAAGAUUUUGAAGUCAGUUAUGGUAAGAUACAAUCAAAGAAGGAGAGACCAAUUUUUAAUCCUGUUGCUCCUAUAAGCAUCGAAGAUUAAUUUGAAUGCUGUCCUCUAAAGUACACAAAAAUUAUCAAAGAGAAGAGAGAUGUUGGUUCCUUGAGAAGAGCGGAAAGAAAAGUAAUCUUAACCAGAUUGUAGUCUUACACUGUACUUUGUGCUGGAGUGUCUUGGGCACAACUUCAUUCCACAAUUGUAGCCAUCUCAUCCUUUCAAAUAAUAUCAGAGAAUUUAAUGAUAAAGGUUGCCUUUUCCCCAGGGAGUACCUUACAUGGUUUUUGAUUCUGUUACAUUUCUUUAUCUAACAAGGCAUGAACUGCUCUGGAUUUUCAGCACUGUCACUGCAUAGUCCACCCCGUGGUAGCAAUUGAUACAAUCUUUGUCUGAGAAAGAGAAAAGGAGGGUUAUUUUUCCAGUAACAUUCAUCAACCCAGUGGUCAUCUGACUUUUGGAGACUCUUUUAGAGUUCUCUUCCUUAUUGCUAACAGUAGCACUGGCUCCCCGAUCCUGUACCGCAGCAGACUUCACUGCUUGGAUAGGAGAGCCUAGCUAGAGCGCAGUCUGUGAACGGAGGGAGAACAUAUCUUCAUUUAAUGACUGCUACACUGGGGCCCCAGUAAGUUUCUGUACAAACUAUAAUACAAAGAAGCUGUGAGAGAACCUCCUUUGCAUUUUUGAGACUUCAAAAUGUACUCCUUUUGCAAACGGUUUGGGGCAAGAGGAAAUAAAUCCCUUGCUAUUGUCUAGUCUUACCUAGAAAUGCUUGGGGAGAGAAAAAGGUUAGGGACAGACUUCAGUCUCAAAAUGAUUGCAGAAGAAAGGAAAAAGUCAUGAUUCUAUGCUAGAUGUAAUAAAACGCUAGACUGUAAAACCACUGGUGAUUAAAAAUGACUACCAGAUUUGCAAACAGCUGCCACAGUUGCUAAAUAUAUGGGUGAUGCUGCUUCUCGGAUAUCACUGUAUGGUAAUUGUUGACAAGUGCUGGCUUUCAAAAUAGUAACUAUGUGAUAGAGCUUAAGUUGUCAGGGAAUUUCACUUAUUUUCCUUUAUGGGCUGUGAAUGCUAAUAUAAAACAGUAGCGUUAUUGACAUUAUCUCAGUAGAAUUAGGAUCGUCAGCGAUUUUAUUUCUCGGAAAGACUUUCCCAAGCAGCUAUUCCAUACACAUUCCCUCUUGACAGCAGGAGAAAAGUUACACCCCCCCCACACUCUGGGCCAUUCUUCAAGGUCAUUUUUAACAGACAUUCUGGCAGCAAGUCCAGAGUUCCUUUUCUUAAAGAGAAGUUUUAAAUCACUGAGGGAAGCUGGUAUUGAGUUACUUGUUCCAAGGGUGGGCUGCAAGAUGAUGAUUUUAUAUAGCCUGCCACAUAUCCACGUGGAAAGGGCUAGAAACAUCUGGUUAGAGCAGUGCCAAGGUCUCAGCAGCUGAAGGUCUUAAAACUCACCACCAUGCAGGCAAGUGCAGACGUGACAACAGCUUGUAGGAAUAAACACCACUCUCUUAAGAGCACAGCAAGAAUUCAAGAAGGGGCACGUAUCACCAGUACAAAAAAAAAGUCAGGCUGUCUUACUAAGCCAUUUCCUUGCCGACUCUUCAAAACACAUUAUCAUUUUCUAAGAGGAAACUGGGAAGACAGCCCUAUUAAAAAAUCAUAGGAACUUGCCUUUGUCCCUUUCGGACUGUUUUUCACUGCUCAACUAUUAAGCAGACCACAGUAUUAUUCGAAUUCAAAAACAUCCUUCCACUCAGACACAAGGGGGCAUUUCAGCGCUCUGAAGCUAUUCAUAAAGCAAUCGCAACGCUGAACUGAUCAGUGGUUUAGGAUGAAAAGGAAACUCAAGACAUAAAACAAUGUUUUCCCUGAAAAUUCAGCAUUUCCCUGGCUACCUUUUUUACAGACCCUGAAAUGGUUUAUUCCCAUCACUUACUUCCAGAGGCAAUGAUGAAACGGGAAAGUGACAUAUUUCCUUGAGUCACAGCCCAAGUUGCCACCAACUCGUUUUCCAUUCUGAAUGUUUUAAUUCUUCCUCCCCUUUCAAAACAAAGGCAUAAGCAGAAAGACUCCUUUUCUUUACCAGCAGACCAAAAUUCAUUCAAUCCUGUAUUCACAACUCUGUGCCUGGGACCCAUUUCUCUCUUCUUCACAGAACUCAUUUAUUAUAAAACCUCAGGGAAACUCCCAAUUACCAAAACGUUGUAUUGCUGAAAUCCACCUCCUGCUCUCUUGCUGUCACUCACAGACAACGUGAACCAGUUGCUACCGUUUAAGCCUGGCACAUAAAAGCCCACAGACCAACUUUUCGUUACAUAGUGAGCAGUCAGGCAUACAAUUCUUCUUCAUAAACAUUUCCCCUUUUGAAAUGCAGACUGGGAAAGGAGAGUAAAGUAAAACCACCACAAAACCCACCCCAAAACACAUGAACAAUGCCACUCCCCAUGAAAAAUUUAGUCCCAUAUUCCAUUCAGCUCCCUUUGAUUGUAGAAGUGGGUUAUCUGCAAGCCUCAGUUCCCAGGAAAAAUUAGUGCAAGGGGUUUUGUGUU